GACCGAGAGCCGUACACCUCUGUGAGGAAAGGUGAAGGCACGACAGGGGGAGGGGGGAGAGAAACACACCUCCAGUCACUUCCUGGGACCAAGAGCUCCGGCAGCCCAAUCACACCGGGCCGUAGAGGUGUUGGAUGUGUCGUGUCCCACCCUUACCUCUCGGUAUCAGCCAAUGGCCUAAUUCCGCUGGGAGAUUGAUUUCUAACCCAGGGGCUGAGCUAAGCGCAGGUAACUCAGGGGAAAAAGUAGAAGAAGAGAAAAAAAAAGCCUCCGGCGCUUGUUAUGGUGUUAACGUGAAAGAAACCCGGAUUUUUGUCGGCUACCAGUUCGACCAGUAACGCUGGAAAGAGCGCACACGCGUUUCGGAUCAGUUUCUCUCCUUGUGGUCCCUGAUGGCUUCGCACAGUGAUACUCUGGUGGUGUUCUUUGGGCAAACAGCUGGUGCAAAUGGGGGUAGACUGGGUUCGGAUGAGAGGGAAUUAAUUCUCUUGGUGUGGCAAAUUGUGGAUCUGCAGGAAAAAAAGGUGGGAAAGCUACACCGCUGUCUUGUAAAACCGGACACUUUGGAGCUGACGGAGGAGUGUAAAGAGGAGAGCGGGCUGACGCUGGAGGAGCUGUGUAAGGCCGAGCCCCUGGACAGAGCUCUGCAACAGUUCCAGCAGUCAGUAUCCAGUGAGCUGCAGGCUCUGGGCAGGAGCUCCUACACGCUCUGUACAGAUGGACCCCUCCUGAUCCGACAAGCCUUCCACCCUGAGGCCUCCAAGAAGAACCUGGUCUUGGCUGAUUGUUUCUACUCCUUCGUCGAUCUGAGGAAAGAAUUUCACAAAUGCUGUCCGAACGCGGGCGCGAUGAAGGACCUCUGUGCGUCUGCCAUGGCAGAGUACUUGUGCCUGCCCUCGCUCAUGGAGAAGGCGGCGGGGGUGCAGGAGGUGAAAGCCAUGGUGAUGGUGAUCUUGCACCUUCUCUCCAAGCCCUACAAUCACAAAUUCACCAGCUGUGAAACAGUGAAGCACAAGUUUGAGACAGGUGCCUGCAAGACCGAGGCCGUGGACAGCGAGACGGUCAUCCGCGCCAGGGGCCUGCCUUGGCAGUCCUCUGACCAGGACAUUGCGCGCUUCUUCAAGGGCCUCAACAUCGCCAAGGGGGGCGUGGCGCUGUGCCUCAACGCACAGGGCCGGAGAAACGGGGAGGCGCUGGUCCGCUUUGUCAGCCAGGAACACCGCGACCUGGCCCUGGAGCGCCACAAGCACCACAUGGGCAGCCGCUACAUCGAGGUCUACAAGGCAACUGGGGAGGAAUUCCUAAAGAUCGCCGGUGGCACGUCCAACGAGGUGGCCCAGUUCCUGUCCAAGGAGAACCAGGUGAUCAUCAGAAUGCGUGGUCUGCCUUUCACGGCCACACCCGAGGACGUUCUGGGGUUCCUGGGGCCGGAGUGUCCCGUCACGGACGGCCGGGAGGGGCUGCUCUUCGUCAAGUACCCGGAUGGCCGUCCCACGGGAGACGCCUUUGUGCUGUUCGCCUGCGAGGAGUACGCACAGAACGCCAUCAAGAAGCACAAGGAGAUCCUGGGCAAGAGAUACAUAGAGCUGUUCCGCAGCACGGCUGCCGAGGUGCAGCAGGUCCUGAACCGGUACAUGUCCACGCCGCUGAUCUCCACUCUGCCCCCUCCCAUCCUGCCGGUGAUCCCGCAGCCCUUCAUUGCCACGGGCAGCACGCGGGACUGCAUCAGGCUGCGCGGCCUGCCCUACACCGCCACCAUCGAGGACAUCCUGGAGUUCAUGGGUGAAUUCACCAUUGACAUCAAGCCACAUGGUGUCCACAUGGUGCUCAACCAGCAGGGCCGUCCCUCAGGAGAUGCCUUCAUCCAGAUGAAGUCGUCGGAGCGGGCGUUUCUGGUGGCCCAGAAGUGCCACAAGAAGAUGAUGAAGGACCGCUAUGUGGAGGUGUUCCAGUGCUCGGGGGAGGAGAUGAGCUUUGUGUUGAUGGGGGGCACUCUGAACCGCAGUGGCCUGUCGCCCCCACCCUGUAAGUUACCAUGUCUGUCUCCUCCGGCCUACACCACGUUCCCCGCGCCCACCGCAGUGUUCCCUGCUGAGGCCGCGCUGUACCAGACCCCCGCCCUGCUGGCCACGCCCCGCACCCCCCAGGCCCCCACCCACGCUGCUGCCCCCGCCCUCGCCUACUACCCCCCCCAGCCCCACGCCCAGCUCUACAUGAACAUGAACAUGAACUACACCGCCUACUACCCCAGCCCCCCAGUCUCCCCCACCACACUGGGGUACUUUGCUGCCCCACCUGGCACCAUGGCGGCAGCAGUGGCCGCACAGCCCCCCUCCACCCAGAUGCUGGCCCAGCCAGGCGCCCUGGUCAGGAUGCAGGGGCUCCCCUUCAACACGGGGGUCAAGGACAUCUUGGGCUUCUUCCAGGGGUACCAGCUCCAGCCGGACGCGGUGCUCGUGUUGUAUAACUUCAGCGGGCAGCGCAGCGGGGAGGCCCUGGUGACCUUUCCCAGCGUGGAGCAGGCGAAGCAGGCGGUGGCCGAGCGCUCAGGGCGUCCUCUCGCUGGACACACCAUUCACCUUUGUGUGCUGUGACCAACCCAGAGGAUGGGGGAGGGCAGGGGGGCUCUGCAGCACAACACUACGCAAAAACCACAAUGGCACAAAAUGAUCAGAGCACUGUGCCCCUCACUGGACUUCCCUACCCACUGUGGACUUGAGUAAAGUCAUCCAACACAAAGGAGUCUGUUCAGAUUUCUUAUUCUGCAGCAUCCCUCAAGGAGAAGACCGUCUCAUGCAGCCACUGCCUAGAUAGGUGCAGCAGACAUAUUCGUGCAUCCAGGUUCAUCACUCAUCUGAUAGUCAAGAACCGUUGAUUUUCUGAAAAAGUGAAUUCUUAGUGAGGUGUGGGGUGCUGAAGUUAGAGCUGCAAGGUGGCCGGUGCGGCUGUGGUCUUCAGCAGACUCCCCCUCAAACCGUCUCCCAGAUAAGACUUCUGAACAGAGUCCUCCUCGAUUGCGAUUCCUGACUGACUUGGCAGCCAGAGUACGUGCCAGUGUUGUGCAACCACUGCAAGACCUAAAGCGACUUCUACCUGCAUCUGCUACCAGGAGUCUGUUGGACAUGCACUGCUGAUUCUUGACAGAUGGCACAUAAAAUAUAAGUUAUAUUUUAUUUAAGUCUUAACUUUAAAACCAUUAGUAGGAGAUGGUUCCUGGGGUUACAUGAAAUGUUUCCGUUUCAUGUGUAUGAUUUCACUCAAGGGAGGGAAGUCUAUGUAUUCUCCUGCCACAGCGAAACUGCACUAGGAAUCCAGUUAGGUUCCUUAUACUGGUUUUUCUUCCAAAGCCUCAAAGAUGUGCCAUGCGACUCUUUAAUCUUGGAACUUGCAUGCAAACUUGAUUUCUUCCUAAAAAAAGACACAGAUACUGUGAAAAUAUAUCCCUUCCUUCCCUAUGCAGUGAACAGCUUCAUGUGGCCUUGUCUGCACACAUUGUUUACAAUAUUGAAUCGAAUUUCUGUACUAUGAAAUUAAGUUGUCUUCAAAUUAUUGUGCCUUCUGGAGCAUGCCUUUUGUUUUGUAAAUUUGUUUUGUAUAUGCGUAUAAGCUACAUGACUUUGUUUUUAUGCGAGUUACAGGCGUGAGUGGAGCCCUGCUGAGUGAGCACUGAUCUUCUGCUCUGGCAAACCCAGCAGAGCAAGGUGUGAACGGGCCUGGUCACAGGCAGAGAUGUCAUUUUUUGUUUUAAGCAAGUUUGAAACUUGUCUGAAUUUAGAAAUUAAUGUAUAAUAAUGCAUCAUAUAUUGAAACAAUAAAUGAAAACAGAUACUUUUUUGUAUUCUCGUUUCCACUUCUGGGACCGUGUUAUGAUCGUGGAUAUGUACCAAUAUACAAUGUAGCAAAUUCUAUUUACUGGUGACAUAAAGGCUGUCUUUAUAACCAUUUUUUAAUUCUUUGUUGAUAGUGGCAGUUCUCUAAAUUUCCAGUGUUCUGUUGCAAAUACUAUACAGUACAGUAACUUUGAACAAAACAAUUCAUUCAAGUCCACUGUCUCAGAAGAAUGAAAUCCAGCGGUGUUAUUCAGUGCCCCUGAAGCUGUCAGGUCUCUAUGAUUGUAAGGAUACUUGGGCUGUGUUUGUAAGCCUUGUCAAAUAUAUGGCGAACACAUCUGUUUCAGAAAGCUCUCAUAGCAGAACAGGCAAGGUCAGCACCCUCCACACACUACAGAAUCUACAACAGUUUUUUACAGAAGAACAGUUGCAGAGAUUAAGUGCAGUGGGCUGUAGUGUGGAAUGACUAUUCAGUUGACUGAUUUUUGAGUCCAAUUUACAGAAGAUGGUAAAACCAUUUUUACUGGGUCAGGCUGCACAGUAGUAAGUCAACCUUGUGAUUCCGUUCUUGUAUCGUAAAUUUUACAC